AUGAGCAUCACUUUCGCAUUUGUAAUUCCCUUCUCUUCAUUUGUCUUUGUACAGAGCAGGCAUGCUGUUAUACUGCCCAUCAUGGAAACAAUAAAAGGUACCCAGCGUCCAAUUGCGCGAUGGAAUACAAAAGAUCUGGGCAAGCGACUGAGCGUCGACAUCGCCAGCGCAGCAACUGCCGGCGCGUUAACCUGUCCUUUGGUCACCAUCAUUGAUCGGGCAAUCAUGGAAAAAGCCUCCAAAGGCUUCCCAAUCCAGCAAACGAUAACUUCAUGUCUUCGAUCCAUGGUCGCCCGGCCAAGCGCUUUCUUUUUCAGCACACCUUUCCUCCUAAUCUACACGCUCUACGGCUCAACAUACCUCACAGCCAAUGCCAUUGACACUGUCACCGCAACGAUGCGCAACCACUCCUACGAUACCAUAGACACAGGCUUCGCCAAGUUCAUCGCGACAACCACCGUCAACAUGGCCAUCUGCGUGUACAAAGACGCCCGAUUCGCCAAAAUGUUCGGCGCCCAACCAUCCCCUUCACAGCCCCUACGCGCCCCGACGCCAGCUCCCCAAAUCCCCAAAACCUCCUACUCCCUCUUCUGCCUCCGAGACAGCAUCACCAUCUUCGCCUCGUUCAACAUCCCGGCCAAAAUCGCCCCCUCCAUCCCAGAUUUCAUGGCCUCCACGCCCGGCAUGAAAGCUUCCCUUGCGCAAUUCGCUUGUCCGGCUCUCAUGCAGUUCGCCAGUACCCCGAUGCACCUACUCGGAUUGGAUUUGUAUAAUCGACAGCCGGAAGGUGGGCUCCGGUGGACGGAACGCGCGAGCAGAAUCCGUCGCGACUAUGUGGCCAGUUGCUUUGCGCGCAUGGGUAAGAUUGUCCCGGCGUAUGGUAUUGGCGGAACUGUCAAUGUGCGCAUGAGGAGUUAUUUGAUGAAUCUCAUUGAGGGCCGGUGA